GGUAAUGAAGUCCCUCCAUGUUGUUAUUGUCACGUGACGCUAACUUUAGCCGCUACUCGGUAAACAGGCACCAGUGGCUAACAUGAUGCGGGGAAAGACUGUGAUUGUGACCGGAGCGAACAGCGGGAUCGGCAAAGCCACUGUAGCGGCAAUUGUGAAGCUCCAGGGCCGGGUGAUCAUGGCUUGUCGGGACCAGGCCAGGGCCGAGGAGGCUGCGCUGGACACUCUGCAGGAGACCGGGGCCGAUAGCAGGCUGGUGGUGGUUAAACAGCUGGACCUGGCCUCCCUGGAGUCUGUGCGCUCCUUCUGUGAAGACAUUAUAAAGGAGGAGCCUCGGCUAGAUGUGCUGAUCAACAACGCUGGAGUCUACCAGUGUCCCUACACCAAGACGGAGGACGGCUUCGAGAUGCAGUUUGGGGUCAACCACCUUGGUCACUUCCUGCUCACCCACCUGCUGCUGGACCUCCUAAAGCGCUCGGCGCCCAGCCGCGUCGUGGUGGUCUCCUCCAAGCUCUACAAGCACGGCGACAUUAACUUCGACGACCUGAACAGUGAGAAGUUCUACGACAAGGCCUUUGCCUACAGCCGCAGCAAACUGGCCAACCUGUUGUUCGCCUGCGAGCUGGCCCGUCGCCUGGAGGGCAGCGGGGUGACGGUGAACGCUCUGACCCCGGGGAUCGUGAGGACUAACCUGGGAAGGCACGUGCACAUUCCGGUGUUAGCGAAGCCCCUUUUUAACCUGCUCUCCUGGGGCUUGUUUAAAAGCCCAGAGGAAGGAGCUCAGACUUCAGUGUACCUGGCCUCCAGCCCAGAUGUUGACGGUGUGCAGGGAAAGUGCUUUGCAGAUUGCAAGCCCUUGGAUCUUCUGCCGAAGGCCACGGAUCAGGAAGUGGCGUCUAAACUGUGGGACAUCAGUGAAGUCAUGGUGGGCAUAACCACUUGAGAGCUGUCUGACACUCGCUGUGCAAGGUUUUCACAGCAAAGAAAUGACUGAAACUGAAGGAAAUGCAGUGCCUUUGUUGCGUUACCGUAACAUUUAGUUGUGGUUCUGGGAUAUCGAGAUGUUUUCUGGGAUUAGGGAAAUGUUUGUAUCCAUUUACAUGCAGAUUUGUUUGCAGCAUCUUGUUCCCUUUAGCUGUUUAAUAAAUUCCUAAAACCAGAUGUUUCUAAUGUGACUGUUGCAACAUAACUGAGCUGUAAUAAUGACAGCCCUCAGAAUAAAAGCUGGAGCUGAAGAUCUAAUGUCCAUUAUACCAAAACAUCGAAGAUUUGCUAUCAACUCAAAAAAGUGUGAAUCUGAUACAGAAGAAAGGUGAAGAAACUAUUCCUUGCUGAUAUCAUUAAAGCUAUUAAGAUAAAUAUCAUGUGUUUCAUACAUUGAUGGGAGGGGAAAGAAGGCCAACCCCCUUUUAAUUAUGGCCUUUUCAUGUACAUUACCUGAUAAAAUGCUUUGGUUUUAAAAUCAUUUCCAUCAGUCUAAAAACACACAGCAGAUUCCACACUGUUAUUUAUUAAACAAAAAUGAAAAGCCUCAUAUGUAGUGCCCAGGCCCUGAGUCUGCUAAACAACAAGCCUUCACCACUGUUUCUGACAGUUUGUAUCAGCUGCUUGUGCUGAAAUGUGUCCUGCAUCACAACACUGUUAUUUGCAGACAUAUACACAAACAGAAUAAAAAUAGUACACAAAGAUGAGCAUAUGAUGGCAGUUUCAGGAUUGGCUGAUGUACAACUGUACAAUGGCAUUUUUCAAUUUAACCUGAGUAAACAGUAAAACCCUGUUCCUUCAACCUGAUGGUAACAGUCUGUAGUUAUGAUUCAGAGUGUUAUCCAGCUUAGAGGCAUUGUUAUUUGCUAAUAGCGUUAUCUUAUUAUGGUACGAGUAUUUGUAACGUUUCCUGACUGGGUGGCCUACUGAGAGCAAAUUUAAUCAGAACUCCUAAAUAUUUGUAGAGCAGUACCUCAUUGAUGUCUUCACUGUGGAUUAUAAUGGGAACUUUAUAACAGAUUUCUAUUUCUUUAGUAUUUAUUUUAUUGAUUUCAGGAGUAACAAUUAACUAUGCUGUAUCUGAUUCUCUCCAAACAUGGAGCCGCACUUCAUGUUUAAACAUCUUUACUAUAGUCUCAUCUGUCCAAAGCACAUUGUGGUUCAUUCAGAUACAACUUUACGAACCUACAGUAGGUUGUGCUGCUAACGCGCUAACUGAGGCCUGAAGAUUUUAUUUUUAUUAUUUCUCUGAACUUUUCAUGAUCUCACCUUGAGGUAAAGCUUCUGGUGUGUCCACUUAAGGGAAGAUUAACAUAUUUUUUAAAUGUUUAAUACUCGUGAAUGAUCUUUCUUUCUGUAAAAUAAUAGGCUUUAAGUGCCUUGGAAGUGGUCUUGUAACCCGUCCCACAUGAAUCGGCAGCAACAGUUUUGUUUCUCUGUAGUUAUUGCUGAUCUGUUUUUUUUUUUUUCGUUUUGGGACUGCGUUUCCAAACUUGCAUGUUCCAAAGUAGCAAACUGUUCAAACUCCUGUUUUUAUAGAGGUAGUCACAUUGAUGACGGUUGUUUAAUCAAUACAUCUGAUCAAGA